CUCCAAAACCCCUAAUCCAACCAUAUAGUAAGAGAUAGUAGCAAACUUGGCCAUGACAGUAGGUUAAGUGAUAGCCAAAAUGAAGAUUUAAAAAUGAUUGCAAAACAAAUAGAGAAUAAACUCAUUACCACAAAAAUAAGUGACCAAAACAGAACCAUAAUUAACAAGAUUAGUAAUUAAGCAGCCAGAAGGUGUAACUAUUGAGGACUAUUCUGGCAUCCAGGAUCCUUCCACUCUGGUUGACAUCCCCACAGGAGUAUUCCCAAGCAGUGCUCUCAAUAUUAAAUAAUGAAAAUAUAAAGUUCACAUCGGAGCCUGGAAACACUUUCAAAACUCGUAAAAACAAGUCUGUAUCUAGACGAAAAAGACGGGUGACCAAACCAAGAAAGAGAAAGGACAAACUACAGCCAGCCAUCUCUCAAAACUGAAGGAUCAGGACUGUAAUCCAACCAAAGGUCGAAAGAAGACAAGUAUCUAGUACGAAUAUAAACAACUGAAAUUUCUCCAGAGUCGAAGACGAAUUCAACGAUAGAAGAUGUAUCCGAAUUCCUUCCAUAUCCUGGUACAUCCAGAACUGAAUCCUGCCCAAGAAAAGCAGGGAGAUCCAGGAGUCCAUCGGAAGAUACCUAAAAGACGGAGUAAUUCUGUCUAAAUAGCAUCCUUCCCAAGAAAUUUGGGCCCAAAAGAAGACCAAAAAGAGAAACUAACCAUCGGAAAUACAACAGUAGCUCAUUCAAUGUCCCAGAUUUUAAGAUGCCUGACAAGGAACCGAGUGAGAAGGGCUGCAACAUCGAACUACAGCAGUUCAACAUAGACCUGAAGCCAUCUGCCAUUAACAUGGAAUUUAACGACUUGAAUCUAGAAUCAGCCAAGAGAAUAGUCGACCAAAGAGUAAUCCCAAAUGCUGGUUUUGUCAACAAUGAAUUUUUCAAAUACAGAAAGGCAAAGUACCAGAGUAGGCUCAACACAACCGAGACCAGCAAUAAUCAGCAAAGAGACCAAAUGAAGCCAUUGAGCGUUCAAACCCAAUUCCGAAGUUCAAAUCAUAUUAGAGGACACUCACAGCCUGUGGGAUAUACAGAUAAUAACAUCAUCAGAAAGCAAAAACAAAAUGAGAUAAGGUACCAGAAGAUGCUCAAGGAACUUGAAGAGGAAAUGGCUAAGAUAGGAAUCGACUCUGAGUCAGAAAAUGACUUAUCCCCUCCUCAUACGUUCAAACCCAUCGGACAUUGCCGAGAAAAGGUACCUCUGAAGAAAGAAGCAUUACGUAAAGUAGCCAAGAAACCUAAUAAAAACGCAGGAAAGCAGGUUAGAAAUAAAUCAAACUUAAGGAAAUGAUCAAAUGAAACAUCUUACCAGAUCAAGAAUGCCUCACCAAAUUCCAAGAACAAGAGAGGCAAGCAAAAUGAUGCUGCUACUAAUACGCACGAUGAGGUUACUUUUGGGAGUGAAUUAAUAUCAUUCCAUAUCGGCCAAAAAUCCUCGAAAUAUGAGAAGACAUCCGAGCUCGCACUCCAAGUCAAAAAUGCUGAAGCUGUUGAAGACUACUCUCACGAGCAAAAUAAGCCAGAAGUAGCCCAGCCUAUGAACAAAGCUAACCCAGAGAUAAGACUAGGAGGUGGGUUUAUGGUAUCUACCUUCACCAACCAACCUCAACCCAAGGCUAACAACAUGGAAGCUAGAAAAUAAGUCAAACGACGCCUACACUCAGAAGAACAAUAAAUAAAGACCGACAUAGCUACGAUGAGAAGUACUCUAGCCGAGAAGAGACUGAGCCCGUCAUGGAAUCUAGAUUCGCACCACGUGUCAAAGAUGGAAGCCCAGAUGCCAAAUUCUCAGACUCAAAUGGCUUCAAUAAGAGUAAAUACUUCAUGACCAAAGACAGCAAGCAGGAUGAAGUCAAGGAAUAUGUAGCAGUCGAAGGCAAGUCCUUUGAUGGCAUGGAAAGUCUGGAUGACCGCUCCCUCAAAGCUGAGCCUACGAGAAGACCUAUUCAGCCUGUCAGGAAAGCAGCGAAGAAUCCUGAGAGUACUCGGAUCGUCUCGUUUAUCAAUAAUAUUAAGCAUAAGCCGCAGAUAAGUAACUCAAAGCAUGCUUCUUAUAUUGGGACUCCUAAAAGACAAAAAGAAGUUAAGAGCAACCUAGAUAAUCUGCCGAUUUAUAAAAUACCAAGCAAUCCUAAAGAGAUUAUAGGAGGGGAUCAAGAGUCAGCACUUCUAGCCUCCUCAUAUGAGGGAGAGAACUCUCCUGCCAAAUUGGAGUCAAAGCAUAUCAGAAAAUCCAAGAACUCAAGCGAAGGAAAAGGGGUUAUAAAGAUCGCUCCAAACAAGAAUGAAGCUGUCAAGGAGAUCCAAGAGCCUAUCAGUGAUAAGUACCAGCCGAUGUAUGUCUCCCAGGUUGUGAUAGGUCCAUCAUAUGACAAGUGCUACUCCAUUCCGAACUACAUCCUUGCUCAAAAAUAGCAAGGAAGAAAGGGAUGGAAAGGAGAGCUCAUUAAUAAAAGAUAUGAAGUGAGACCCCAACUCUCAGUUUCCUCCACAAAUUGAUGAAACAGUCGAGAACGACACCGUCCAAAUGGAUGCCUGCGGAGUGGGUGCCAUACAAAGCGAAGAGGAAAUUGAGAGCCAAGAUAUUCAAGAAAAGGGUAUUCGAAUGCGGAAGUCAAACGAUACCUCAGAGAUAAUCAAAAGAGAUAAGAUCCAAACAGCCAACAACGCCUAUGCUGUCAACAAUGGCAUCCUCGUCAGAUCAUCUGAGUCGAUGGGAAACACUAGGAAAAAACACCCAUCCAUAAUCUACAACGAAAGUGUCAUGAAGAUCGAAAUCGGCAACAAAAACAGCCAAGAAUACAUUGAAUUGUCCGAGCCUGAAAACCCAGAAUACGCUAAUGCAAUGAGAAACCUGUAUAAAUUACAAAGUAUGAGCAGUAGCGAUGGAUUUUACAGAAUGGGAUUUGAAUACAGACCUCUCAGCUCAGGAUAUAUAUCAAAGUCUCAUCUCCCAAUGAUGCAUAAGGUUGAGCUCAAAUUUGAGGAUGAACAGAAAAACGUACAAUCUAUCAAAAGGAACAAGUUUAAUGCCCUUCAAGCUAAUAAAAAUGACCAUUUGUUUAACAAAGACAUUAAAAACAAAAUGAUCGUGUGGGAUGCUGGCAAAAAGAAAUGGACAUCGACCGGAGCUAGAGAUCUGACUCCUAACAGCCCCCUCUCAGAUAAUCAAAGAGAUAGGAUACCUGGAAGACCAAUGAUAAAAGUCUCAGAGAACAUACCUGCUCCUGUUCAGAAGAUAGACUCGAUAUCCUCUGAAGAUGCUUAUAACCUAUAUUCUUCAUUCUACAAAAACUUGGCCAUGAACAAUGAAGGAACUGAAGACAAAGAAAUAUCAGCCAAUGGCCCAGGCACUAAAAGCACUAUUGAAGAGAAAGAAGAGGUUAUCCCUGUGCCUCAGUUCCCUCCUGAUAUGGAUCCUGAGGAAAUAACGACUGCUUUCCUAUACGAUCUUGUCAAUAGAGUGAACCACCUACCUGUGACUAACAAGAAGCCAAUGAUUAAAUCUAGUAGAGCAGGCCAUCGAUUGUCUAACAACACUACAAGAAGAGUGCAUCUUAGCCAGCCUAGGGCUGAAGUCUCCAUCGAUUCGGACACAGACCAAAUAAAAAUUGUCCCCACAGCUGCACCUAUCGAGUGCAAAUUUAGUAUAUAGGCUACCAAACUUAUAAACAAGACAUCCCUAAUGGACCAAACGUCGAGGAAAUAGUAAAUGAUUCAGAGCUUAACCCUUCUGAACUACCAGGGAAAAAUAAUGCAUAUGAAGAAUUUGCUAAAUAAACUUGAAACCCAAGCGGUUGGCUCUCAGCAGACUAAGAAACAGGAGCCUAAAAAUAUCAUCUCGAUAGAACCGAUGAAGUGAACAGUUGACCAGAUUGUGCAGUCCCAAAACCCAUGCAUCAAUAAUGACGACUUGAAAAUGAUAACGCAUAAAGAGGCUUGAGAGAGCAAGAGGAUACCUCUAACAAAGCAGCCAACACCUAAGACCUAUGAGCUCUCACCUGUCACAAUGAAGAACAAGUAUUCACCAAUAAAGGAGAAUAACUCAGCCAAUUACUCAGUCAUAAAAAUGGAGUUUCUCUCCGGAAAAGACCAAACUAACCCAAAUGAUAUGAAGCGGAACACGAAGCAGAACAUUUCCCUUGACUCUAAAAAGAGGAAGACCAAGCAAGGACCAAGGAGGUUCAGAAGAAGAGAUAUUCGGACUAGAGAAGCUACCUCCAAUAGUAAAAAUAAAUUUAAUCUAUAAUCUUCAAUACU